AUGCGUUCAUUGCUUAAGAUCACCGUUCUGCUGUUUUGCGUUCAAGCAGGAGAAGGACAUUGGCUCAGGGCACUACUAGAAGACCAAGGUAAGACUGACUCCCCAAAGUCGGAACUCCGUGAUGAAGAGAAAAGAGGAGGUGAGAGUGAAGAAAAGGAGGGCUCUGAGAGGCACUUGAAAAGGGUGGUGCGGUUGCCCCGCAGUGUUGAGUCCCCAUGCGCUCUGCACUCCAUCCUCCUUCAGGUGCGAGAACUCGGGCUGGGCUACGACUCGGACGAGACGGUGCUGUUUAAGUACUGCAGCGGGACCUGCCCUCGCCUUGCCACCAACCACGAUCUGACACUCACCAACCUGCUGCUGAGUGGCGUCCUGAAAUACACCGGCCACUGGCAUCACCAGCCCUGCUGUCGCCCCACUCACCAUGAAGACAUGGCCUUCCUUGACAACAACCACCGCUGGCACAAAGUGGAGAAACUCGCUGCCGCUGCAUGUGUCUGUAUGGGGUAG